GCGAUACUAUCGAUAGUAUUGAUAGUUUUUUGUUUUUCAACUAUCGAUACUAUCGAUAGUAUCGAUACUAUCGAUAGUUUUUCUUCUUUUAACUAUCCAUACUAUCGUUGCUUAUCAAUAGUAUCGCCAAAAAAGAGCUAUCGAUACUAUCGAUACUAUCGAUAGGCCUAUCGAUUGGGUAGAUGAUUUUGGCUGUUUACUAUCGAUAGUAAAACUAUCGAUUUUUCGGCAACACUAUAUCAAAUCAUAAGGAAGAGAUGCAAAUACCACCUGGUAAGGUUUUUUAUAGUACACAAUACUAGUAUAAUUUACUAGCUUGUAAAACUAGUUAAUCCGUAAAAUGGGUCACCCUAACGGAACCCCGACAAUUGGUAAGUAUAGCUACCAUCAACUGCUGAGGUGAAUUUGGAAUCGGUAGCUAUAGUUACCAACGACUGCAGAGCGGGAUUUACCACCUGUCGGUUUAAAUGCUUCAGGAGAGGCUUUUCUUGUAAGGCAUAGAGUAAGUUCCCUAAAUAUGGACUACCACAAGGUUUUCUUUAAAUAAAACUCAAAGAGUUGAAGCUAAAUCAGUCUUGUUAAUUUUAAUCAGUCAAGAAAUUUAUUUGUUAUCAUAAACUUAAGUGAAAUCAUAUAAAAAAACGAACUUGUUUAACAAUUAUUUUUUUUAUAAAGUUAUGCAAAACUUAACAUUUCAAAAAUGGGUGUUCGAUUUGGACCACAGGGUUUUUAAUAUGGACCAAGGGUGUUCAAUAUGGACCAUAGCAUAUAUGACUGUGUCUGAGAAAAGUUACCACGUAGUUGGUAUUGAGUUAUUAGUAUCACCUGAAACUAGAUAAUAUUACCUAUCUAAUAAUUAACAAAUUGUCUUUAAUAUUUAACAUAAUGUCUUAAGAAUCAAACAGGAACUUAAAAUUAGUUUGGACUAGAUGGGAGUAAGAUUAUUUACUCGAACAAAACUCGCAAAGAAAUUCUACACCAGCACAUUCAUCGUGAGCCAAUCGGCUACAAGCACGACAUUGUAUCCACUGUUCUCCACGAAUGUCUUCAGAAAAGAGACCAUUACAAUAUUGACAUUUGGCAUUGUAUCCACUGUUCUGCACGUAUGUCUUCAGAAAAGAGACCAUUACAAUAUUGACAUUUGGCAUUACUUUGGCUUCUGUCAGGACUUUCGUCGGUGUCGUCGUUCACAUAGUAAUCGCUAGCAUCAGAACUAGAAGAAGUUAAUGUUGUUCUCGUCAGUUUCCUUUUCUUAAAGGUUGUAUAUUUUGUUGGUUGUUUUUUAACCCUUAAACAGGCCCCGAUGAACCGCAGCAACAAAUAAAGUGUUAUAUAUGGAUUUCGGUUUGGAUUUGCUCCAUACCCCCUCUAGUUGAUUGAGGGGAGGCCUGUGCCUAGCAUUGGGACGUAUAUAGGCUGUAUAUGUUAUGUUAUGUAUAUGGAUUUAGGCUUUGAAUAAUGCCCUGUAUGAUUCCUUAUCAUAUAAAUCCUGAAAAAGUACUGAAAUGCUUGAAAAAAAAAAUGUGGGAAAACAUUAUCCCAUUGCCUGGGCAGAAACUGCUCAAUAACUGUUAUCACUAUAUUGUAUAUACAGGGUGGCCCAGAAGAUCACGUUCAAAAUGAAAAAAAUAGAUAGGGGACUCAUUAGCUACCAGAAACACCCCCAUGUAUGUUCAGCGAUUAUUUACGGUUUAAGGUGCUCCCACACAGCAGUUAUAUAACGCUAUAAAACAGUUUGUAACACGAUAACAUUUUAUAACAGUGUGUAACAAUACGCUACACCUUGUUAAGAAAUGUUAUAUGUUAUAAACGCUCCCACAUUGGUUGAAUACGUUGUAUAACAUCAUAUAACAUUAUGUAACAAUCAGUUUGGGUUUGUCUUUCGAGAAGGCUGGUAGUGAGUCAUAAUGGAAGAAGUGCUAAUAGGUUUGGCCUUUAUUUUUUGUUUGAAAAAAAAGAAGAAAAGGCGAUCUUACUGGAUGCGUCGAACUCUGAAAGCGAGAGAACAUUACAGUGCUACAAAAUAUUUGGAGGAUUUGGGUAUUGAUGGCUGUUUGAACGAUUUUUUAAGAAUGAACAGUUCAGAAUUUGAAUUUCUCCUGAAUUUAGUCGGAAAGAAUAUUGCUAAGCAGGAUACUAAUUGGAGGAAAUCUAUAAAUUAUACAGAAAGAUUUGCAGUUACAUUAAGGUUUUUAGCAACCGGUUGCAGUUACGGUAGUCUUGGAGAUGUGUUCAAAAUAUCACACCAACUUAUAAGUAUGAUCAUACCGGAAGUAUGCGAGGCUGUCGUCGAGGGAUUACAAGAAUAUUUACACAUGCCAACAUCUGCUCAAGAAUGGUUACAGGUUGCAAAUAAUUUUUUUAAUCUGUGGAAUUUUCCCCAUUGCCUGGGAAGUAUCGACGGAAAACACGUAGCCAUACAAAAACCAAUAGGAAGCGGAAGCGAAUAUUACAAUUACAAAGGAUUUUAUAGUGUUGUUCUUUUAGCAUUGGUUGACGCUGAAUAUAAUUUUUUAUACGUAAAUAUUGGGUGCCAAGGACGUAUAACUGAUGGCGGAGUAUUUGCAAACACACUCUUACGAAAAAAAAUAAUUGAACGUAAUUUGAAUUUACCAAGAGAUUGCCCACUUCCAGGAAGAACCACACCUGUUCCUUAUGUAUUUGUAACAGAUGACGCAUUUCCGUUAGAAAAGCAUUUGCUAAAACCUUUUCUAGGACCCCAGGACAACAAUACUAAAGAGAGAAAAUUUAAUUAUAGAACGAGCCGCGCAAGAAGAACGGUAGAGAAUGCGUUUGGAAUUUUGUCAGCCAGAUUUAGAGUAUUACGAAGUAUAAUUUUAUUAGAUCCACAAAAGACUACUACUUUAAUUAUGGCAUGUGUGCUUCUACAUAAUUUUUUGAGGAAAACCAAAUCAAGCACUAUUUACGCCCCACCUCAAUAUUAUGAUAAGGAAAAUUCAGAUGGUACGCAUACUUCCGGACAAUGGAGAUCAGAUACACAGCAGUUAACAUCACUGCAACCAGUUGAAACACAGACAGAAGAUGGGAAAGUAAUAAGAAAUGAGUUUGCUGAUUAUUUUUCACACCAAGGUUUACUGGAUUGGGCUUCUAGCUAUUAUUAACCAUAGUUAAAAUUAUUACUCACCGACAAUCCCCCAUCAACAGUUUCUUCUGGCUUAUUUCGAUCUU